AUGUCUGACCAACAGCGUCGGCGUUUUGGCAUCCUCCGGAGUGCUGUCCUGCGAGCCCGCAAGACAUGGCUGGAGAAGAGCGAGCUGCCAGGACACACGUGGCCGGAAGGCCGUGUCUUUACAUGUGCCACCGACUGCAGUGGCCUGGAGGCGCCACUCUUUGGGAUGAAGCUCCUGGGAUUGCAGUUCCGGCAAUGGUGGGGAAGUGACAUCGAUGAGAACGCUCGUCGCUGGAUACGUGCGCAAGGGAUGUGCCCGCUGCUUUUCCACAAUGCCAUCGAACGACGCUUGCCAGAGCAUGUGGAGCCAUGUUGCUUGGACGGCUACUGGCUGGGCUUUCCCUGCCAGCCCUUCAGCGCUGCUUCAGUUCGUGCACGAGGAUUCCAGGACAAAAGAACAGAAGUUCUCAGGGCUGGCCUCCGAGCCAUGAUGCACGCCCGGCCAUUCUGGGCAGUGCUGGAGAACGUAAAGGGAAUUGUCCGUGCCCGACACCAAAAGGGAUUCAAGAAGAUGCUCACGCAGGAAGGGAUCACAGAUCACUAUGCAGUUGCCAUCGCCAGGAUUUGCCCGCACGCGAACCUGCGGGAGCCCAUACGAAGACCUCGAGUUUUCUUUCUGUGCACUCGAAAAGACUGUGCUCUCACGGACGACCAGAAUCUUGUGAAGGAGCUGCUUCAGAACGUGUGUGCUGAAGUGCAGGGGUCUUUGCCACCUGCUGAGUUGGAGGACUACUUGCGGGAGGUGGUCAAAAAGGAGGAUGUCGGGAGGGAGAACAAGGGCAAGCAGGGGGCUCCAACUGAGAAGAAAUGGGUGGAGCAGCAUGGGCAGGUUCGCGAACAAUUGGGCCUUCCAUAUCUUUCUGACAUGACGGAGCUUUCGCGCAAGGCAAACCACCUUCCUGGCCUCACACUGCGGCAGCAAAGCCUGGUGGAGAUCAAGACACACGGUCUCCAGAAGCACGACUAUCCGGUCAUCCUCGAUGUCUCUCAGUCCUUGGGGCGUGCACCAAUGCUGUCUGGAGUGUGCCCUUGCUUGACAAGAGGAGCGCAGCCUGUCAUGAUUUCUGGGGAUGGUCGCGGUCGCCUUCUCAGCAGCCACGAAUGCUUGGCGCUCAUGGGCUUCCCCCUCAGCAUGACGACAAUGCCAACAAGUGUCGGGGAUGCUGCUCUGCAUGCCUUGGCCGGAAAUUCGAUGCACAUCACCUCCAUUGCCCUGGCGACCAUGCUGGCAAUAAGCCUUGUGAACUGGGAAGCCACAGGCAGGGGGGAUGCACCUCCGGUCUUGCGGCGGCUUUCUUGCAAGACAAAGGUAACGACACCCUUGCAGCAGGUAACGCGGGAGGUUGAGAGUUCUGGCUCCAUGGGGAAGAAGAAGCAGCGCAUUGCCGGGAGGCCAAAGAUCAAGCGCCGCCUGAGCGACAUUUUCAGCCGGGUGCCAGCAUCGUGUGCUGUGCGGAAACCGCGGCCGCGCAGAGCUCAGCACAUCAGCUCCACCCCUGAGCGCAGAAGCAGCGCCAGCAGCGCGAGCAUCAGAGCAAGGACUCCUGGGAAGGCAGUGGCUGCAAAGCAGCCCAAGAGGCGCCUCAGUGACAUUUAUGAGUCUUGA